AUGGCUGUCACCAAGCCGGGUACCAGCUCAGGUAUCGGUGCGCUGGGCCUCGCGAUGGGCAGCUGGCACCAAGCGUCGUUCGCUGUGGCGGCUCCCAGGUCUCGUUCUGCGCGUCGGACUGAUGACUUUUGGUAUGUGGUCAACGUCUCCGGCCAGCGGUUACUGUUUGAGGAGCGCGAGCGGCAAAUUCUAUGGGUUGACGACCUGGAUUCGGACGAGGCGUACGGGAAGCGAGAGGCCCUCGUGCUGCUCAGCGAGAAGCUGCGCAACAACCCACAGCUUGUGGAGCGACUGGGCAUGGACAUUACUCUUCUGCCUCUGCACUACGACCGUGUCAACUUCCGGCACCAAGCAUGGCAUCAGCUGCGCACCGAUGGGGUGGUGGACGAGUACGACGUUCAAGAAAUUGCCGUCCGAGGCAACGAGACCACCACCACGGUGACAUUCUGGGCAGAGUCGACUGCUGUUGCCGACCGCAUCAGCGUCGCCGUGGACGAGGGCCUCUGCUUUACAUUUGAGCGACAGCUGGCCUGCAGCUUUGGGAUUGGACUGGAACCUACUGAUGAGCCGUUGGAUCCGACCAGUACCAGCAGCGUUGAUGUGCUGCGCACCAGCACUGCCACGCUGGUGCACUCUUCAACUGGCACACCAGUGACCACGACGACGAGUCCUGAGGCGACCCCGUCGGCGCAAGGGUUUUGGAAUCAGCUGCAAAGUGGGGCUACCUUUGCCAACCCCAUAUUUGUGGUCAUCUUCAUUCUGCUAUGUCUCUUGACGCUUGGCCUGCUCUCGUAUUUGUGCUGCUCGGAGCGCUUUCGAAGCAAUAAGCGGCGUGUUCAACAAGAGGAGAUGCAGCGAGCCCUCGAAGAGCUGGCUCGUUUGGAUGCCUUUGGACAACCGGGACAGCCCUCGCCAUCGGCCCAUGCCCACGACUAG